ACGGUCCAGCAGCCGCAAGCGCUCAGCAGCCCCCGGGGAACCCGAGAGCGCCCGACCCCGCGAGGGGGGCUCUGAGGGCGCGGCUAAGCGGAGCCCCGAGCCUGCCAGCGCCGCUGCCCGCCGGGCCCCGGGAGCGGGGGCCAAGAUGUCCGUGCCGAACGUGCUGGCUAAGGCCCUCUAUGACAACGUGGCUGAGUCCCCAGAUGAGCUGUCUUUCCGCAAGGGCGACAUCAUGACAGUGCUGGAGCGGGACACACAGGGCCUGGAUGGUUGGUGGCUCUGCUCGCUGCAUGGGCGCCAAGGCAUCGUGCCUGGGAACCGCCUCAAGAUCCUGGUGGGCAUGUAUGACAAGAAGCCAGCAGGACCUGGCCCCGGCCCACCCACCCCCUCGAGCCAGCCUCCACCUGGCCUCCACACCCCGGCUGCCCAGUACACAUCCAUGCUGCCCACUGCCUACCCGCCCCAGCCCGACAGCGUCUACCUGGUGCCUACCCCCAGCAAGACUCCGCAAGGCCUCUACCAGGCCCCCGGGCCCAGCCCACAGUUCCAGUCUCCCCCGGCCAAGCAGGCAUCCACGUUUUCCAAGCAGAUGCCACAUCACCCGUUUCCCAACUCAUCCCCAGACCUUUACCAGGUGCCCCCAGGGCCUGGCAGCCCCGCCCAGGACAUUUACCAGGUGCCACCUUCUGCUGGGAUAGGGCACGACAUCUACCAGGUCCCUCCAUCCAUGGAUGCACGCAGCUGGGAGGGGACGAAGCCACCGGCAAAGGUGGUGGUGCCCACCCGUGUGGGGCAAGGCUAUGUGUUUGAGGCCUCCCAGCCAGAGCAGGACGAGUAUGACAUCCCACGCCACCUGCUGGCCCCUGGGCCCCAGGACAUCUACGACGUGCCCCCUGUUCGGGGGCUGCUUCCCAGCCAGUAUGGCCAGGAGGUAUACGACACACCCCCUAUGGCUGUCAAGGGUCCCAACGGCCGGGAUGCGUCACUGGAUGUGUACGACGUGCCUCCCAGUGUGGAGAAGGGCCUGCCGCCGUCCGACCACCAUGCGGUGUACGACAUUCCUCCAUCGGUGAGCAAGGACGUGCCUGAUGGCCCACUCAUGCGUGAGGAGACAUAUGAUGUGCCCCCAGCCUUCGCCAAAGUCAAGCCCUUUGACCCAACCCGCCACCCACUGGUCCUCGCUGCACCCCCUCCAGACUGCCCCCCGACUGAGGAUGUGUAUGACGUGCCUCCCCCUGCCCCUGACCUCUAUGAUGUGCCCCCCGGCCUGCGGCGGCCUGGCCCCAGCACCCUCUAUGACGUGCCCCGGGACCGGGCUCUUCCUCCAGAGGUGGCUGAUGGCGGCAGGGCAGACGACGGCGUGUACUCAGUGCCCCCCCCGGCUGAGCGGGAGGCCCCGGCUGAUGCCAAGCGCCUGUCAGCCUCCAGCACAGGAAGCACACGCAGCAGCCAGUCGGCGUCCUCGCUGGAGGUGGCAGUACCAGGCCGGGAGCCCCUGGACAUGGAGGUGGCCAUGGAGGCCCUGUCACGGCUGCAGCAAGGUGUGAGUGCCACUGUUGCCCACCUCCUGGACCUGGUGGGCAGUGCCACCACAAGUGGGACCUGGCGCAGCAACACUGAGCCUCAGGAGCCCGCAGCCCAGGACCUGCGGACUGCUGUGGCUGCUGUCCAGGGGGCUCUCCAUGAGCUGCUGGAGUUUGCCCGCAACGCCGUGGGCAGUGCUGCCCACACAUCUGACCGUACACUGCAUGCCAAGCUUAGCUGGCAGCUGCAGAAGAUGGAAGAGGUACACCAGACUCUGGUGGCCCACGGUCAAGCUCUCGACAGUGGCCGGGGAGGCCCAGGGGCCACUCCAGAAGACCUGGACCGCCUGGUGGCCUGCUCACGGGCUGUGCCCGAGGAUGCCAAGCAGCUGGCCUCUUUCUUGCAUGGCAAUGCUUCGUUGCUCUUCAGACGGACCAAGCCCUCUGUUCCUGGGCCAGAGGGGGGCGGCCCACUGCACCCCAACCCCACUGACAAGGCCAGCAGUAUCCAGUCCCGGCCCCUGCCCUCGCCCCCCAAGUUCACCUCCCAGGACUCACCAGAUGGGCAGUAUGAGAACAGUGAGGGGGGCUGGAUGGAGGAUUACGACUACGUCCACUUGCAGGGGAAGGAAGAGUUUGAGAAAACCCAGAAGGAGCUGCUGGAAAAGGGCAACAUCACGCGGCAGGGGAAGGGCCAGCUGGAACUGCAGCAGCUGAAGCAGUUUGAGCGGCUAGAGCAGGAAGUGUCACGGCCCAUAGACCACGACCUGGCCAACUGGACGCAGGCCCAGCCGCUGGCCCCCGGGCGGACAGGAGGGCUGGGGCCCUCUGACCGACAGCUGCUGCUCUUCUACCUGGAGCAGUGCGAGGCCAACCUGACCACGCUGACCAAUGCGGUGGAGGCCUUCUUCACCGCUGUGUCCACCAAUCAGCCGCCCAAGAUCUUUGUGGCUCACAGCAAGUUCGUCAUCCUUAGUGCCCACAAGCUGGUGUUCAUCGGGGACACGCUGUCGCGGCAAGCCAAGGCAGCCGACGUGCGUAACCAGGUGACCCACUACAGCAACCUGCUCUGUGACCUCCUGCGGGGCAUCGUGGCCACCACCAAGGCUGCCGCCCUGCAGUACCCCUCGGCCACCGCCGCCCAGGACAUGAUGGACAGGGUCAAGGAGCUGGGCCACAGCACCCAGCAGUUCCGCCGAGUCUUGGGCCAGCUGGCAGCUGCCUGAGUGCAGACGACCAGAGGGACGGAGGGCGGUGACGGGCCGAGCUGUCCCAGAAAGGCACUAUGGAUGCGGGCACAGGACAGCAGCUCCGCCCGGCGCAGUGCCCCAGCCUGAGCAGGAUUUGUGUAUAUUUAUGAUGGGUCGGGAAGCAGGGCUGGGUCCUGGGAGCGGAGGCCGGGGCGGGCUGGCGGCCCGCCCUCAGUGGGCUGGAAGGGUCCCAACACGGGGCCGGGUCAAGGGUGCCCAGGUGCCUUGACCGAGGGCUCACUCCUGAGGGUGCUGUGUCCCCCAGCAGGCACGUGCCGCAGCGGUGUGUUCCUUCUCUGCACCAGGAGAGAACUCUAAAGAACUAUUUUUCAUUAUUGAUUUUCCAAUCACUUGACUAAUAGUCUACAUUUAAAUAAAAUUUGAAA